AAACCGGCAGCGACGGAAAACAGACGGACCGGAGCGGGGCGAGGAAAACGGGGCGACAGAGCGAGCGAACAGAGGACGGAAGAAAGGGGGAGAAACGAGGUCAAUCGUGGAUUUCUACCUUUAAUUCACACGGAAACGAGUUUUUCUAGAAUUCCGAGAACAGUGUUUUAUAAUCACGAUUCAGAAAUGGCCCAGGAGACCAACCAGAGCCCCGUGCCCAUGCUCUGCACCACCGGCUGUGGCUUCUACGGCAACCCUAGGACCAAUGGCAUGUGCUCAGUUUGUUAUAAGGAGCACCUAACGAGACAGAACAAUGGAGGCCCUCUAAACUCUAUGGGUUCUAGCAGCGUAACCAGUAGUCCUACCUCAGAGGCCUCCGCGAUCCAGAUCAUCGAGGCUAGCCUAAACAAUUCUGCCAGCGAAGCCGAGUCGCCGAGCGGUGCCGCUGCAGCACUUCCUGUUACGCAGCAGAUGAUAGAGAUGAGCAUUUCCUGUGAAGUGGAAGCAGCGUCGCCUAAAGUAGAAGUUCCUGAACCUGUUGUAACUCAACCCACAGCGUCGGUUUCCUCAGCUAACACAGCAGAUAGUGAGGAGGCUAAAGCUCCAGAAGCCCCCAAACCUAAGAAAAACCGCUGCUUUAUGUGCCGUAAGAAAGUUGGCCUUACAGGGUUCGACUGCCGCUGUGGAAACCUAUUCUGUGGAAUUCAUCGAUACUCCGACAAGCACAACUGCCCCUACGAUUACAAAGCCGAGGCCGCGGCCAAGAUCCGCAAAGAGAACCCUGUAGUCGUCGCAGACAAGAUCCAGAGAAUAUAGACGGAUACACUAGAUCAUCUUCAUCUUGCUUUCUCUCGUCUUCGAGCCGUGACCCUGAGAUCAGGCUGAGAUCAUACAAUAAAAAAGGACUCGCGCUUCACCUGCGAUUUAAAGGACUAGGUUUUUCUUUUGUUCGUUUUUUUUUUUUUUUUUUAAUAUUACUACGUUGUCUGGGGAGGAAUCUUGGUUGUUCAGAAAAUGCAUGAGUGAUUUUUACAGAUUUUUUUUUCUUCAAGUUAUUUUUUCUGUCUGGUGUAUGAGCUUCGAUUUAAGAGAGAAAAGAAAAAGAUUUGUUAAACAGCGUUGGGUUCCACAGGCCCAGAGAUCGUGCAUCUCCUUGUGUGUCUGGUUCUAGGUAUCUUUUUUUUUUUUUUAGGUGGGAGGAGACCUGGUGAAUUUGAGCUGAUCAUUGUGUUAAAAAAAGAAAAAAGGAAGGCUAACCGUCUUUGUGAUUAAUUGAUUGAUUAAUUAAUUGAUUGUCAAAAGUUUACUUUGUGAUUGUGUCUCUCGGUCCAUCUCGUGUCAUGCGUUGGUGGCGGUGAUGGUGGAGGAGUGGAGGAUGGACGUAUUGUAGCCUAUGGGACUUCAGACGACUGUUAUUGCCCUGAGUCGAGCGCCCUCAGCGCAGCAGUGCAUGGCUGGCUCAUGUAGCAACAAGAAAAAAGAAAAAGAAAAACUAACAAAACAAACAAACAAAAACAUGUUACAAAAAAAUGGACGCUCUUCUUUUUUUCCCGUAGGUUGAAGAUUUCAUCUAUCGUUUGAGAAGUGAGUCACAGCAUGGCUCUCAACUCUUUGCAGUUAUAGCCUUUACAAGAUCAGCAUCAAUUUUAUUAUUAUGGAUUAUUGUUUUGCUGCCAGCCUCAGCUUGUGUCCAUUAGCAAGCAGAUUAUUUGUUUCUUUGGAGUGAGUUUGGGCUGUUGGUUCACUUUUAUCCCCUUCUCUCUCUUUCUCUCCCUC